AUGACUCGGGGGCCCCCAGUGUCUACGCUUGCCUGGCAGCUCGCGCUGCUGAGACAGCGAGCACAGCGGGGAUCCCCCUCUACUCCCAUCCCUCUUCGCCGCUUGCCACGCCGGUUUGGGGAGGGGCCGUCGGCAAGCGCCUACCUGGCGCCUCCAGUGGCUUCGCUCAAACUCCGAUUGGGGCCUUUGCAGGGAACCACAUGGAGCAGCAGCCGAUUAUUUUCCACGAAAACGUCUAGCCGUGGAGGGGUCCUUACAUCCCCAGCUCUGAAUGCCGCAGAGACAGCGCGUGCUUUAGGGGUGCCAGACGUUGCUCUUGGUUUCCCCUCCCCCGAAGGUAGUUCCCAUUCUGCUGGAGACUCGACUUCCUCUGGUACAAACGGGUCAUCAAGGAAGCAUAAGAGCAAAAGGAAUCUGAAGCUGGCAGCAGCGCAGGUUCCCCUAGACAGAAGAGCCACAAAUGCUAGUGUUGCAAGUGAAGCAGCAACUGGUGCUGAACUAGCGAAUGCUGCAGGGGUGGAUGAUGCUUCACAAGUUGCAACACAACCACUAGCAGAUGCUGAGGCAGCGAAUUUGCAGGCGCAUCAGCAAGCGGAGGAACUUGAAGGAGAAAAAGAGCAACAAAAUCAUCAGGACACCGCGUUAAAAGAAGGGGAAGGUGCAGCAGGAGAGGCAGAAGAUGAUUCUGGCGCUCCCAAACAGGACGUCGUCGCUGCUGCGCCUGUGUAUGCAUGCAUUGCAGCAGGCGGAGCGGCUGGAGGACCUUCAUCGAGAAGUGGAGGCGGCAGAAACAAAGAACAAACAGCUGCAACACCUCGCAGAUCAGCAAGUCGCACAGCAAGCUUUACACCUGCCUACAAUUCUAGAGGGGUCUCUGUUCUGCAGUAUGUCUGUGAGGUUAUGUGCUUUUGGAUCCAUGUUGGUUGGUGUCCUGUAUUCCAUUUCUAUGAAAAAAAUGCACGUGAGCACGUGUGGAUCUCGGCUUGUGGUGAAUCGCAGUUUACCGUAGAUACAGUUGCCGUUCUAUGGUCGCCAUGUUGGGAACUUCGGCGAGACGCGAAGGAGGCUUUUGCAGCCCAGGCGGAGGCAGCGUUAUCAGUGGUGGAGGCGAGGACGUGGGAACUAUUUGAAAUGCAAGACGAAAUGCAGGACUGGCUGUCCACAAAUGAAGAGAAAAUGCAUGCAGUUGAGUCGCAAGUAGAGGAGCUGCAGCAGGCUGGAGAGGAAGACCCCGUAGUUGCUGCCGCCGUUAAACCUCUUCUGCCCCUUCUACCCGUCUUGGACAGUGAUCCCGUAGAGACGGCCUAUUCAGCAUUUGAACAGCUAAACAAGGCUGUGCACUGCAGCGCGCGUGCUGCGUUCGUCCCUGAGGAUUCGGGAGUUCUUAUGCACCUCUUGGGGUUUUUUCUGGGCUCCUUGUAUUCCGUAAUGCCAUUACCACUCUAUGACCCUCCCUCCUGUGAUACCCAAGACAAUGUUAAACUAACUGCAAGUGGAGUUCUCCAUCAGAACCUCGCAUGGCUUUCACAGGCACGCAUACACGCAGACAAAGCUGACCUAUUGUGUGCCGUACAGUGUCUCGACAGACUGCGGGGCCUAGCACGGCAGGAGUCAGAGGACGUAGCCAAAAGAAUAAAAACGGCUCUUCUUGUACAUCAGGUUGUCGAUACAGUCCGGGCCCGCCUCUACUGUAUGAAUAGCCAGAUCACCUCAGACCCUGUGAGGCCGUCAGAGAUCCCACCAAGUGCAUUCAGGAGAAUUUUCGGCUUUUUGCUCAGUGGGCACAGCUUGCAUGGGCCUUGUUUUGGCAAGGCAAUGGUUUGGAAGACAUUUCUUGUGGGUAAAGUAGGAUGUGCUGGAUCAGCGGAAUGUGUAGAAAUGCUAAUUAGCUCACGCGGAGUAGUGAGGUUAGGGGACCACGGGGCGCUUGUAACAGCCUGGGGUGCGCCUUCACUGCAGAAGGGGGUUCAAGAGCACCAGAGCGGACCAUUGGAAGGGGGCAGAGGUAAUUUUCCAGAAGAACAAGUCGAUCGCAGCAUGAAUCAAGAAGUGUAUCACGGAGAAAAACAGUGGUAA